UCGUCGAUGUGUUCGCACCAGAAUUCAGAGACAGCAAAAACAUGCAUCUAAGAAAAUUUUAUGUUAUCGUGCCUCCUUUGACGCUGAACUUUGUGGAAUACAUGCUUAGUUGCAAGGAAAAGCUCACCAAGAAGAACAAAAUUGGAGCCUCUUUUACUGAUGAUGGCUUUGUAAUGGGGGUAGCGUAUAUCUUAAAGUUACUUGACCAGUACAAGGAGUUUGAUUCUCUGCACUGGUUCCAGUCAGUGCAAGACAAAUACGAGAAAGAAAAGGCCCCCCCCUGUCGACGCAACUGGAAGUUAAGUUCAGUUAGUGACCCAAGGAAGUCACUAGAGAUCCAUCUCCAUAUGAUAAGGAAAAAAAAAAUUUUUCUUUUAUUCUUCUACAGAAUGGCAGCGAAAGGAAAACAAUCGAUAGAUAGAUAGUUUAGGUAGAUAGAUAGUUUAUUUGUAAAAAGCUUGCAGCCACUAAGCUUGAUUGUGUAAUUAUAGCAAGAGUAUUGUUUAGUGAGCCAGUACCAAGCACAUGGCUCCUUUGAUUUUGUCAACGCGUAGAUUAUGAGCAGUCCCCUUUUUUCGUCCGAGAUGUUAGCGCACAGCGCCUCACUGGUAGAGUUUUCCGCGAUGCGCUAACAUAAUUUUUUUUUUUCACUGAUUAUAUUUGGACUCGCACGACCGAAAUCGCCGAUAAGGAAGGAAAGCUCGUAGUCUAUUCAAUAUACAGCGGGUUCAAUACUCGGUUUGGAUAUUUAGCACUCGUUCUGUAGAGAAUACGCCUGUUGUGCAAGCCAGGACCUAAUAUUAUGUAUUAAUGUCAAGUCUAUGCAAGUAAUGUUAUUGGAGAAAUGAAGGUCUGAAAUGAAGGAGCGUAUUGGAGACUGGGGAAUAGUUAGGCAUCGAAAGUAUAAACAUAAAUAUGUAUGUCAAGGGUAUGGCACAUCCCCCACCCCACCCCACCCCACCCCCCUUGCAACACAUACGUCUAUAAUUUGUCUUCAAAUUUCAAAUUGGGUUUUAUUGGGAACAAGGCAACAACUGGCCAAAUGAACUUUGAUUACUAGGUAAUGGCACUGAUGUAGCUUCUGGUACAGUCUAUUUGAGAAGUUUUGAUUAUUUUUGUCCAGCGUUCAUUUUGACCAGGCAACUAAUUGACAUCAUACACCACUAGAAAUUACUUCUGAAUUUUCACGUUUUUAUAGCGUCCCUAACUGAACGAAGGUAAAUACAGAAAAAAUUAUAUGUAAAAUCGUACUUCAUAGUUUUUAUUCCAAUAGAAGACUGUUUCUAUAACUAUAAGAAUUGAUUUGUGAAUUGAAAAGUUGCAAUUGUCUUAUCAACUUAGUACAACGAUCGUACAGAUCACGUUCGCGACACAUGUACGAUCGCUGGUCACGUUUUUGUGCGAUUGCCACUUUCGCAGCGAUUAGUUGGGAACAAAACUUGAUGUGGGAAUUUUCGGAACAGUGGUGAUGGUCGAUUCGAUUGCGAUGAUCGCUGCGACCGCUAAAUACUGUGGUUUCCAUAAGAUGACUACGAUUGCAGAUUUUUUGUGCUUUUGCGGCGGUCACAGAAAUCGUAGCGAAAACACGGAGUCAAGGCUUUUCAGUACAUUUUGUUUUUGCAGAACUAAGAUACAAGGUGGCUGUGACCAGGAAUCAAAUUAUCCAAGGAAUAAAGCUUUAAUUGUUGUAGUUAUUGUGUUAAUUUUUGUUGAUAGUAAAGUGAAAAUUAACCUUAAUUUUCUAUGGCAAAUAAACUAUAUUUGAAAACCUUUUAAUUUA